GGAAAAAACAUUAUUUAAUAUAUUCAGGAAAUGAGACCAAGAAGAAAGAAACAGGAGAAUGUGGCAGCAGACUGCAUUGAUUCAGGGGAGGACCUCAAAGAUUUUGUUAUUGAACAUAUACCACCAAAAGGUCUUGGUGUUAGAACAACAAUAAAUAGAACAAAAGGAGAUUUCUUAAUGAUUUAUCCCGGCGAACUGAUAACAGAAAGAGAAGGGGAAGAACGUGAAGAACGUGAACCAUCCGUGUUUAGAUACUUCUUCCAAUAUAAAAGGAAAGGGUGGUGUAUGGAUGCUACUAGUGAAUUAGAUGUUGGGCCUCGGCUAGGUCGUCUGGUGAACCACGGUGGUAAAGGUAGAAAUUGUGUUAUGAAAACCCUGGAGUUCAACAAAAGGCCAUAUCUUUGCUUGUUUGCUGCUAAAGAUAUUCCACAAGGUGAAGAGUUACUGUAUGAUUACGGCAUUAAGGAUUUGCCUUGGGAGAGAAAAGCUGACACAGAAUUGGUGGCCGCUACUGACAAUCUGGAGAACAUGCUGGAGGCCCAGACUACAGACAAUCUGAAGAACAUGAAGGAGGCCCAGACUACAGACAAUCUGGACAACACGCUGGAGGCCCAGACUACAGAUAAUCUGGAGAACAUGCUGGAGGCCCAGACUACAGACAAUCUGGAGAACAUGCAGGAGGCCCAGACUACAGAUAAUCUGGACGAAAUGCUGGAGGCCCAGACUACAGAUAAUCUGGAGAACAUGCAGGAGGCCCAGACUACAGACAAUCUGGAGAACACACUGGAGGCCCAGACUACAGACAAUCUGGAGAACAUGCUGGAGGCAGAGGCUACAGACAAUCUGGAGAACAUGCAGGAGGCCCAGACUACAGAUAAUCUGGACGAAAUGCUGGAGGCCCAGACUACAGAUAAUCUGGAGAACAUGCAGGAGGCCCAGACUACAGACAAUCUGGACAACACACUGGAGGCCCAGACUACAGACAAUCUGGAGAACAUGCUGGAGGCAGAGGCUACAGACAAUCUGGAGAACAUGCAGGAGGCCCAGACUACAGAUAAUCUGGACGAAAUGCUGGAAGCCCAGACUACAGAUAAUCUGGAGAACAUGAAGGAGGCCCAGACUACAGAUAAUCUGGAGAACAUGCUGGAGGGCCAGACUACAGAUAUUCUGGAGAACAUGCUGGAGACCCAGACUACAGAUAAUCUGGAGAACAUGCUGGAGGCCCAGACUACAGACAAUCUGGAGAACAUACAGGAGGCCCAGACUACAGAUAAUCUGGAGAACCCGCUGGAGACCCAGACUACAUAUAAUCUGGAGAACAUGCUGGAGGCCCAGACUACAGACAAUCUGGAGAACAUGCUGGAGGCCCAGACUACAGACAAUCUGGAGUUAAUUCUGGAGGCCCAGACUACAGACAAUCUGGAAAACGUGCGGGAUGCCCAGACUAUAGACAAUCUGGAGAACAUGCUGGAGACCCAGACUACAGACAAUCUGGAGAACAUGCUGGAGAUCCAGACUACAGACAAUCUGGACGAAAUGCUGGAGAUCCAGACUACAGACAAUCUGGACGAAAUGCUGGAGGUCCAGACUAAAGACAAUCUGGAGAACACGCUGGAGGCUCAGACUACAGACAAUCUGGAGAACAUACUGGAGGCCCAGACUACAGACAAUCUGGACGAAAUGCUGGAGGCCCAGACUACAGAUAAUCUGGAGAACAUGCUGGAGGCCCAGACUACAGAUAAUCUGGGCAACAUGCUGGAGGCCCAGACUACAGAUAAUCUGGGCAACAUGCUGAAGACACAGAUUAUGACUGAGGAGCAGGUACACCCCAGCAAGAUACAGGACCAGAUCUCCGGUAAUAAUGCCCUGAUGAAGGAGAUGGCUGUGCGACUUACCAGCCUUAAGUCUAUACAGACAGCUGCAGAGGAGCUGAUCAAACAAGCCACUGAUUUGCAGGAUGGUGAUGCGAAAGAUAUUCCUCAUGGCACCAACAAGUUCUGGGAUGAACUGCAACAGUUGACACAUACGCUGAAGCACAUGUCUGACAGGCUUGGCAAUCAGGAGCCCACGGUGGAGCCCACGGUGGAGCCCAGCCUCAUCCGGGAACAGCAGGAAACACUAGAGGAAUUAGCAUUACAGAACUCAAAUGUGAACCCUCUGAACCAGCCAGUAGAUCCCACUUGUGAACUAAUGCAGAUAGAAGGCGACCUUUUGCUGGGGCAGCCCAAUGCCACCAACCCCCAUGACAGACAGAGCAGGACGAACUAUGGACUCGGAAGACAAGUUGCUGUUGUUGAUCCUUCGAGGCAAUUUUCUGAAAAUGAAUUGGGAUGUGAUUACGAUGGACUACCAUCAGAUGAUGAGAGUAUUGUACUUUCAUCUGGUUCAAGCUAUGCACCAUCGGUACUGUCAGGAGAGGAUAAUGAAGAUGACGAUGAAGAUGACGAUUCAUCUGUUAUAAUUCCUGUAACACAAACAAACAAGAGAUCUUGGACUGCAAUAGGGAGAGUGGCUUCUAGUGAAGAUAUAGGAGAUAAUGAGCCACCCAGGAAACAGAGGACUUUACCAGUGUUGGGGCCAUCCACAUCUAGCGAGUUUGAUGCUACAAGCAAGAAUACUAGUGAUGGACAUCAUGGGAAGACGUGGAAGAAAUCUUGCUUUAAAAAUGUUUAUGUUGAAUCCUACAAAUCCAAUGAUGGCAAAAGGAACUAUUCUAAAAAGAGUUAUUGCUACUAUUGCAAGAACUUGUACAAGUCUAAGAUGUCAAAACACCUAUUUGCUGUCCAUGCAGCAGAACCAAGGGUGAGGAAAAUAAGUCAAAUGGAGCUGAAAAGCAAAAGUAAAAGAGCAGAGCUACAGAAAUUAAAGAAUGAGGGUAACUUCAAUCAUAAUGUUGAGGUUCUUCAGAAAGGAGAGGGGAAUUUGAUUGUGUACAGGAGACCAGGCGUCCCAGCAAAUGCAUAUGACUAUAUUCACUGUCGUUUUUGUAAAGGUUUUUACCAUCACAAACUUCUAUGGUCACAUGUCAAAACCUGCAGUUUCAAACCAGAUGAGGCUGAAAAUGACACUGAGAGAAACUUCAUUAGAGAAGCUAGAUGUGAAAUAGCCCCAUUUCUUCAACAACAGGAUGAAGAUAUUGAAAUGUUAGAUGAAGUUAUUGAUAAAAUGAAAGAAACCAAAGAAAAUCCUGGUCUGAAGAAAGUUUGUCAGGAAGAUGAGUUAAUAAGACAGUUUGGGUUGUAUCAUCUGGGAAGAUUGGGACCACUGGAAGAGCAAAGACUGAAAGACCAAGACAAUGUGAGAACAAAAAUGAGAAGCUUAGCCAGACUGCUUGUAAGAUUAAAUGGAGAGGAACUGUUCAGCUAUCCUUUAAGCCAUUUCAUCUGUGCUCAAAAAUUUGAUUUAGUGGCAAAAACUGUGAAAGAAAUGUAUCAAGAAAUUGGUUCAUCACAGCUGGGCUUAAACUUAGGACAUUAUAUAAAACAGGUAAGCCUGCUGAAAUCAAGCAUGUGCCUUCGCAGACAGGACUGUAGGCGGAAAAAAGACGAGUUCACAGAAAUGUUCGAUGCCGAGUGGAAGGGAAAGGUUUCAUCAGUCGCCAACAGAAGCAAGCGUCUAAAAGCAAUGAACAAAAGAUGUGAACUUCCUUCUACUGAAGAUUUAGUGUCCCUCAAAAAAUUUCUUGUGGAAGAAAUACAAAUAAAAAUGGAAAACCCAGCACCAACAUAUCCCGAGUAUGUGUACAUAACACACUUACUGAUCGCCCGCAUAGCACUCUUCAACAAAAGAAGAGUAAAUGAGGUCUCUGAGCUGAAAGUGAGUGACUUCCAGAAGCGAAUAAGAGGAGAUGAAUUAGACACAAACACCGAAAUCUACAAUUCCCUGGCUGUCAGUGAAAAGGCUCUGUUAAAGAGAAUGGAACUUCUUGAGGUAAGAGGGAAGAGCACUCGGGGACUGAGGAAGGUGUUUGUAAUUCUAAGCACCGACAUGGUGGAAGGUUUGUCGCACCUCUUGAUGGUUCGUGCGCAGGCUGGUGUACCAUCAACAAACACGUUCCUAUUCUCCAGAUGUACAGAUUCACCACAGGAUGGCUGUGAAGCACUGAGAGUGGUCACAUCUAAGUGUCACAAUCUUGCCUUUCCAGAACGGGUCAGGACAACAAAACUGAGAAAGUAUUUGGCAACUACUACUCAGAUAAUGGAUAUGAGAGAUGAUGAGCUGAAGUUAAUUGCUGAUCACAUGGGACACUCUGUUGCCAUACAUACUGAAGUGUACAGAAUGCAGACGUCAGUGCUUGAACGAACAAAAGUUGCAAGGGCUCUUCUAGCUUUAGAAGAUGGUAAACUACAGGGGUUUAAUGGUCGCGACCUUUCGUCGGUCAGCCUUGAUGAAUUGCCUGAACCUGAACCUGAACCUUACAAAGCAGGGUCAUUUGAAGAAUUGUCUGAACCAGACAACAGCUAUGAGGAUGUUCCUGAAGUUGAAACAGAAGCUGUACAGAAGCCUCAUGCAUGUACAGGAUCAAAAAAACGAUGGUCGAAAGAGGAGGAGAGUGCUCUACGGGAAGCCUUUGACAUUCAGAUAAAAAUGCAGAAAAACGUUUCAACAAUGGAGAUCAGGAAAGCACAGAAGUGUUAUCCUGUGUUGCAAGACAGAUCAGAAGCUGUUAUUCGGACAAAAAUAAACAACAUCAAAUUAGGAAAAUACAAAAAAAUAUGAACUGAAUUCAACCACUGCUAGAUAAGGGUAAUUUAAAAAAAAAUAAAGCCAUUGGUUUACAGUUGUAUGAUCAUGAACAUUUCUUGUGUCAGAAUGCCGAAAUUGAUGAGUGAAUUGGACUUUGCAAAGACAUGUGUUUUUGAAAUUAUAAAUGACUUUCACUGUUUAGUUUUCGCAGUGACCUUUGGAGGAAAUUGCUUUUCCAAUCAAUAACUGGAGAACCGUUGGGCCAAGCUUUGUGAAACUUAAUAGGAAGGUUUGUUUUUUUGUUGACCUCUAUUGUUUUUAGGUGACUAGGUCAAAGGUCAAAGUGACCUUGUAUGUUCAAACACUGUGAAAGAGUUGGGCCUAAGUUAAAGAAACAUAGUGUAGUUGGCUGUGACCAGUAGAUGGCACCUAUGAAUUUUCAGGUCACAGAAUAAGUUCAAGGUCAUAAGUGCAAUGUUGCAUAUAGAGAUAUUGUAUACUCUCAUUUUGCGACAAAUAUUGGCAUGGGGCAUCUGUGUUGUAUGGACAUAUUUCUAGUUCAUCAAGCGAGUUUGUAUUUGUACCUGCCAUGCACCGGCAUUGACUAAUGGAUCAGUCUGGGUGCAAGGUGUGCAGUCUGAUCUGGGUCACACUGUUUGCUAAUCACCAGUAAUUAUUGUAGAUCUCUUAUGAACAGCAUGGCCCAGUUUAGACUUUGAUCUCAAGAGCAGUUUGGUCUAAGUCAAUGCUGGUUGCUGAUGCAUGAUGGUUGCUUGUACAUCAGACCUUAUUUGUACCUGUUUAAACAUUAUUUUCUUACUUUUGUCAGUUUUUUUUUCAUUUGUUGUGUCAUUAUAUUUAAGGUCCAGAAGCACAGUUGUCAAUUACGUUGGAGCAGUAUUAGAGUCACUACAUUACUUAAACAUACUGACCUUUUUUAGCUAUUGUGAUCACUAGGUUGUCGAUAUUGUCUGCGCCAUCGUCAGCCACGGCGUGCAAACACUUUUAUGUAAGCCAUAACAUUUAUUAUCGCAAAUGGCAAGAGCUUUCAAAUGGCUAAUAUUUCAUUGAGUGUGACCUUCUUGGUGACCUUCAAAAAAAAGACAAGCAUUGGGGCAUUACGACUCUUGUUUCAUAAAAAAAAAAUAUUUGUUCAAGGUAACUACAAUUAGUCCUCUACAACUUUCACAUUUUAUUUAGUUCAACAGUUCUAUCACAUUUUACAAGUUUUACAUAUUUUUGAGAAAAAAAGUAAAGCUGUGCUACUGUGGACAUUCAUUGUUUUACUCUUUUUUAUUAUUAAUUAAUGAUCUUUAAGAUUGGUAUCUUCAUUCCAUUUUGGACAUGGUCUGGUCAGUAUUAGUAUUAUACAUAUGAAUGUUAGAAGGUUCAUAUAUCUAUGUUUGCAAUUACAAGAUAAAAAUGCAGAUAAUAUUGCAGCCAAAUUGUGUUACAAUGUAUUACUAUCUGAUGUGUUGUGUGUCAUUGAAUAGCAUAAUCCAUGAGACAUCUUGCACCCAAGCUGAUCCAGGCAAAUGCUGGUCAUGCCCAAAGAAUUUUAUCUGCCAUUGAUUCUUAGAAGGUUUGUGCCCAGCACAUCAUCAGGCACAUUGAAUUUUUACCGUAAUGUAACAAUAAUACAUUGUUCUGGUUCUUACAUAGUUUCAAAUCGUGUAUUACUGUAUACAAAGUUCCCAUUUUAUGUCAUGGGCACAUGCAAGAUGCACAGAGAUGGCAAUAUUGAUAGUCCAGCAAUAUCAGUAGAUUUCUAUAUGAAAUGUAUAUAAACAGAAAUUUCAUUUUCUUUUAAUUUCAUCAUUUCUGGUCAUAUACCUAUCGUUCAUAUUUCAUUGGAAAGCUCUUGAAAUUCUUAAGAUGUCAUAAUUAAAAACUAAAAAUGAGGUUAAACAAACAGACCAUUUAUUGUUCAAUGUUCUUUUCAGUCAAAUUAUGGGAAAAAAAUCAUAUAGUGUAACUUUUAUGCUUAUAAUUUUCUGUAGACAAUAUUAUAUUGUAAAAUAUAUUUAUAUCUAAAAUGCAAAAUGAAUAACAGUUAAAAUGAUACCAUUUUGAGCUCACCUGAGCACGAAGCUUUUAGGAUCACCUUACGUCCGUUGUCCGUGGUGUGUCAACCUGCUUCAAAUGACAUCGCCUAAACUAUGCCAAUUUUGAUAAAACUUUACAAGAAUGAUCAUUGGGUGACCCUAUACUAAAAUUGCUUUAUUUGUUCUGCUUUUGUUGCACAAGAUGACUAUCAUUACUAAAAAUUAAAAAAAUCUUUAAGUGGCAUAUUCUUUUAAACCACUACGCCAAAUUUGCCAAAUAAGUUUACAGAAGUGAUCCUUGGGUUAUCCUUGACAAAAUUGAUUAAAUCAUUUCUUUAUGAUGCAAGAGAUGGCAGUUGUCGCUAGAACAUUAUUGGAUAUUUUGACAUGAACUAGUACACUAAUUGUUCAGGUGAGUGUCUAAGGGCCAUCGGGCCAUCUUGUUAAUAUACCCUCUCAGAGCUGUUAACAAUAUUUUUUAUAUUUAGUUAAAAAAUAACAGAAGCUAUUAACAUUUUCCCCCACUGUAAUUGUAAACUAUCAAAAUGGCUGCCAGAUUAUUGUAAAUAAGAACAAUAUAACUCUUAUCAGAUAGAAAAAUUGGUGCUUUGAAAACUAUAUUGAUAUUUUAUCUGUUUCUAUGUAUAGACGGCUUUGUAAAUUUCAUACAAUGAGUAGUUGGUUUCCUAUUGAACUAUUACGCCAUUUUGGCAUAGAACGUAACCAAAGAAUAUGUACUUUGUGAAGUUGUUUAGGUGAUGAGUUUCAGUACUGUUUCAGUCACUUUAAAUCUACACGUAAAAAAAUAUUUAUAAAUAUUUUAGAAUUCAUCCUCUUAUAAAAUGGAAAAGUUAAUGAAUACGUAAUAUACAUCUGUACUUUUUCAAGUUAGUAUUAUUUUGUAAAAUUGUUAUGAAUAAUUUUAUUCAUUAUAAAUCAUGUCAUGGAUUUUUAAUUACAUGUAAAUCUUAGUAUUGUGCUAUAGUCAUAAUUCUUUUAACUACAUUGUGAAAGUGUGACCUAGUGCUACUUUGACAUAAUAUAAUUGUUGUAAUAUCCUAAAAUCUGUUGUAAGUUUUGUUGCUUGUUAAUACAGUUCUACCGGUACUUGUUCUUGAGUUCAUAUUACUUUAGAAAUUAAUUAUGUUAGAUGUAUGUGUUUACAUCACACACAAUUGUGAUUCUACUGUAUAAUUAUAUAAGUAAAUAUGUCCAAUCUAGAAUCUGUUUUAUACUGAGCUUUCAUAUUUGGUAUGUAGCAUUAUCUAGAGGUCCGCUACCAAAGUUGUUCAAAUUGUUCCUCUGGGGUCAAAAUUGACUCCGCCCUGGGGGUCACAAUUUUACAUUGAAUUAUAUAAGGAAAACUUUAAAUGACUUGAACUGCUAAUGGGAUUUUGACCAAACUCAACAGAAAUGGUCCCUGGGUAGUCCUCUACCAAAAUUGUUCAAAUGGUUCUGAUUGGUUGCAUAAGUACACAUUGUCAAAAAAAAAAGGUUUUUAAAAUGCAACUUUCAAAAAUCUUCUUGUCUGAAACUACAAGACCCAGAGCUUUCAUAUUUGGUAUAUAGCAUCCUCUAGAAGUCCUCUUCCAAAUUUGGUUUAAGUUAUGCCCCUAGGGUUAAAAUUGACCCCGCACCGGGGGUCACAAUUUUACAUUGAAUUAUAUAAGGAAAACUUUAAAUGACUUCUUAUCUUGAACCGUUAAUGGGAAUUUGAACAAACUCAACAUUAACGGUCCCCUUACCACAAUUGUUCAAAUGGUUCUGAUUGGUUGCAUAAGUAGGUCAAGGGGUAAAAAAAUAGGUUUUCUAAAUGCAAUUUUCAAAAAUCUUCUUGUCUGAAACUACAAGUCCUAGAGCUUUCAUAUUAAUUUCAUGUAUAACAUCAUCUAGAGGUCCUCUACCAGUAUUUGGUGGACAACAUUAGUGGUCCUCUGUAAAUGGCUCCAUUGUGACCUUUGACCUUUUCCUAAGGUGAGCGACCCAGGGCCCUUUGGGCCCUCUUGUUAUUUUUCAUUAAAGGGACUCUCUCAGACACGUGUAAUUUGGGAGUAAAUAAACGUUAAAAAUUUGAUAUUCAACUUCCUCGUCACUAUACCAAAGACCGCUUUCAUUUUCCUUACUUAUAAGUUACUAAAACCCCAUGUUUUUGUUGCUUGGUGUGAAGUGAGCCUUCGCGCCAGUCUGUUCAACGUUGGGAAAGCCGGUUUAUAAAUAAACUGAGGAAUUCUUUUUCGCGCGCCAAGCUAUCACGUGACGUCUAAAAAUAAACACUACACAGCAACAUAGUAGCAAAGGGAAAUAAUCGUGCGCUUAGUUUGGGUGGAAUUCUGAACAUUUGAUGUAGAAAAUGCGAGUAUUUUUUAUUUUCCUUACCAAAUUGACCAAGAUUCAAUAAAUAUUAAUGUCUUCUCUAUUUGUUUUUGUCAUCGCUCGACCCAUUUUCGUCUAACGCAAAUAAUGUAUGCGACCAUGCACAUGUUCAGUAAACGUUUCCGAAGACCCACGUGACGAUGGUAUCUAAAAACACCACCUCUUAUUCUAAGUUAAGAUCGUUGUUUACAAAAUAAACCCGUUUAAACGGUCUUACAUAUCUGCGAUUUAAAUGUUAAUUUUCUUCUCUGUACAAAUAUGAGCAAGUUUGGAAAGCUGUCAAUAAUCUAGUUCUGUGUUACUUUAGAAAUGUAUGUUGUCGUGUUUAUGGUAGAAGACAAUUUAUUUACAAAAAGUUAAAAUCUCGAUCUCUGAGAGAGUCUCUUUAACGAAAAACCGGAGAACAGUAGUAAAAAUUAUUUAAAAUUUUGAGAAAAAGGCAUUCAUCGUUACCCCAAACCUUUAUUAUUAUCAGCCAUGUUUUUUUCAUAUCAGGGAUGGUCUAAAACCCGUGGUGUCUGGAACUGUAUAUGUUCUGAUUUUUUUACAAAUAAUGUUUUUUUGGGGGGGGCAGGUGGUUUUGGACAGGGGCGGGCGUGGAUGAGAAUCUAAAAUAUUUUUUUCUAUUGCCUAACUGUAAAAUAACAUAUCUUGAAAAAUAAAAUCCUGCAAAUACUUUCUACCUGUUGUUCUGUUACAUGUGUGUUGAACAUUUCUGUGACUUGUUAAAAUCCUAUGGACAAAUUUCUAGUCUAAAUUAGCUUCUCAAUUUAACUAACUUGUUCCUUCAAAAUAGUGCAUGGUUUGAUAUUGUACUAUUUAAAAUUUGAAUUAAUAUUAUCUCUAGUCCUGGCAAGUCUAUGUUCUUUAAGUAAAUUGAAAUUAAAAGGUUUAUUCAUUUAAACAUUUUGCAAUGAUUUCUGUUAGUUCACAUCUUGUUAAAAUGUUUUAUACAUGCAUAGUUUAUGCCUUGGUUAAAUAAAAUCUGAAAUCUGUUGUGGGAAGUAUCAUACUAUGUAUUCGUGUUUCUGUUUGUAAAACGUUUAAUAAAACUAUUUAACAUAUA